AUGUCCGUAACCCUCCAUACGACACACGGGGAAAUAAAGCUUGAACUUUUCUGCGAGGCAGUGCCCAAGGCAGCAGAGAACUUUCUUGUGCUUUGCGCGUCCAACUAUUACGAUGGUUGUAUUUUCCAUCGCAACAUCCGGGGAUUCAUGAUUCAGACGGGUGACCCAGCCGGUUCGGGUAAGGGCGGUCAGAGCAUUUGGGGUGCCCCAUUUGCAGAUGAGAUCAGAUCCACUCUCAAAUUUAACGCCCGCGGUGUCGUGGCAAUGGCCAAUUCUGGCCCAGACACCAACAAGUCUCAAUUCUUCAUCACAUACGCGAAGCAACCCCAUCUCGACGGCAAAUACACCAUCCUAGGCAAAGUGAUAGAUGGCGCAGAUUCAACAUUGGACGCUAUGGAACGCGUACCAGUUAACAACAAAAACAGGCCUCUCAAUGAAAUCAAAUUGACUCACGUAACUAUACACGCGAACCCGAUUGCCGACGCGGAUCUUGUUGGUGGACGAUAA